ACGGCAGGCAGGCUGGCUGGCUGGCUAUUCCUUGUAUGGGAAGGAGGAAAGGGUGAACCGAAAACAGUUUGCGCCGCCACUCACCGCCUAACGGAAACCAAAGUGAAAAGGCGGUUCCGUUGAUAUUUAUAACUCCUUUUUAAAUCUUUUCUCCCUCUCCUCCAAGCAACCACAACUACACGAAGCAAAAACAACCUCUCCCUCUUCCUCUCUUCGAUUUGCUAUUUCACACACUGAAACCACACGCUUUAUGUAGCAACCUGCACUCCUUUAUCUCUCUCUCUUAAUUCCCUCUUGCUUCUCUAUUUUCUUUUCAAAUCACUUUCACAGCCCUCCCUUGAGCCUUUAGUCCCUUCUUUUUCUUGCUUUGUUUCCUAACUUUAUAUGCUCUAAUUUUGGAUCAGUUUUCUUCCGGUGCAAGUUCGCUUACAAAAUGCAUUGUUAGUUUGUUUCUCAUACAAUUUCGUUGGCCUUUCUUACAUCCUGGGGUAUACUUGCAAUUCAUCCAUCAAAUCCCGCUUUUCAGUUCAAUAUUUGAUCUAUAUUUUCCGUGUUUCAUAUGGAAUUGAAGUUUGUCUUUCCAUAGGCGUAGGCAAGUUGCUUUUUAGUUUUUAGCAAAACUUUCAAGAAAAAAAAAAAAAAACAAACAAACUCUGUUUUUCUCUGGGAUUUCUUAGGCUAGUUAAAUUGUAAAAUCUCUGGUUAAACCGAGUUCAGCAAUUAAAAAUGAACUAUUCACCGAUUCAAGUCAGAAAUACCAAUGAAAUCACACAUGGGUUUAAUGGUUUUACUUCUCAAAACACGCCAGAACAUUCUUUACAUAAUCCUUCAAAUUACCAAAGCACUCAUAGCAGACACUCACAUGAUCAGGAAUCAGCUGUUUCCGAUAGCGAAAGUUUUAGUUCGGGAGUCAGUUAUAAUCAAUCCCCAUCAUUCAAUGAUGGGUUGAUUCGACUUUUCGAAGGAGAAAGAGUUCAUGAUCUCAUCAAGCAAAGAUUCGUUUCGGGUUUGGGUUUACUUGGCAAGAAAGCAACAGUUGUUGCCAUUCAUAGGAAUACUUACUCUGGUGUUCUGGAGCAAGCUAGAAUGCAAUCCUUUCAGAUUAUUGCGAAAGCAAUGGAGAAGAAGUGUGGUGGCGAUGCGAAUGUCAAGUUUGGUUGGUAUGGUGGUACAAGAGAUGAGAUCUGUGAGAUUAUGAAGCAUGGUUUCAGUGCCCGGAUGAUUGAUAACAGCAAUGGAUUGUAUGGAUCUGGCAUUUAUCUUUCUCCAGAUGAUUCUCCUGUGGAAUGUGUGAAGAAAUUGAAUGUUGGUAAAGAUGGUCUGCGGCAUAUGUUGCUUUGCCGUGUUAUUCUGGGGAAGGCAGAGGUUGUUCAUCCGGGUUCUGAUCAGUAUCAUCCGAGUUCUGAUCAGUUUGAUUCAGGAAUGGACAACUUGUCAUCUCCUAAGAAGUAUAUUGUGUGGAGUGCCCAUAUGAACACUCAUAUUUUGCCAGAGUAUGUGAUAAGUUUCAGUGCUCCUUCUAGCUUGAAAGGGUACUUUAGAAUUCCUGAAUCUUUGAGGAAGCCAACUUCUCCUUGGAUGCCAUUUCCUUCUCUUAUUUCUGCUCUCUCAAAGUUCUUGCCUCCCACUACUACCAAGUUGAUUAUCAAGUAUUAUAGAGCUCACAGAGCAAAUAAGAUUUCUAGACAAGAACUGAUACAGCAAGUGAGAAAGAUUGUAGGGGACAAGCUACUGAUUUCAGUCAUCAAAUCAUUUAGAACCAAGAUGCUUGUAACAUCAAGCAACUUGGAGCAAACAAUGGUUCAAAAAGGAGUCAAUAUUGGAAUGAAUCAUGAUGUGAGGAGGGACGGCAUGGAAGAAUUGAUUAUGCAGGUAUGAAGCAGAGUGCGGACUGAAAAGACAGAUGAAACUGACAUAAACGAGUAGCUAAUCCAAAUUGACAUGUAGAAACCGAGUGUUUAGUUGCUGGUAGGUCGUCUUGUAGUCGCAGAGUAGUCAGUAGGCAUUUUACAUAAUGGAAGUUACAGCUUGUGCCAUCACACGACUGCUAUGCAAGUGGAAAUAUUUGUCAGCAAUAUGUGAAAGGAAAUGUAACCUUUGACUCUCACUAGAAAAAUAAAAAUGUUGUUACAGCUCAA